AUGGGUCGGCAAGUGAAGGCCACCAGCAGAUCUUCAAGUCCAGCAUCCCGCUCUUCGAGCACUCCACCCUCUUCGCCGCCUUCGGAGAUGUCUCCCAUUGUCGACGUCGAUUCGGAGCUCGAUCAAGACUUCCUAAACGACGAAGAGAAGGCCAUCCGUGAGGAGAAUGAGAAGGCAAGAUUGGCGAACGAGCAACAAGAACAAAGGCAGACCAAACGUGGGCGAAAGAAGGCCCCGAUUAAGGAUCGCGACGCCAAAGCGCAAGAGCUUGCAGAGCUGUUGAACAAAUGCGAACAAUUUACUGGUAUUUUGAAGGGUAACUCAAAAUCACUUGGUCAAGUUGGGAGAGACUUUGAGGGGAAUGUGCUGGGUGGUAACAAUAUCGAGAUGUCAGAGCAGCCUGGAAACAUCGUUGGUGGGCAAUUGAGACCAUAUCAAUUGGAGGGACUUACCUGGAUGUACGACAUUGCCUUUCAAUCAAUGUCAGGAAUCCUGGCAGAUGAGAUGGGUUUGGGAAAGACUAUCCAGACUAUUUCCCUCGUUGCCAAAUUACGAGAAAGUGGAUACAAAGGACCAUUCUUGAUCGUGGCACCCAUGAGCACUCUUUCAAAUUGGGACGAGGAAUUCGAAAAGUGGCUUCCAAGCGUGCCAGUUGUAAAGUAUCAUGGUGCUCCCACACAUCGUCAAGACAUAUUUCGAACAAAGAUACAAAAGAAUUAUUCGGAGGAGGUACUCAGCUUCGAUGUUGAUGGAAAGACUAUCAAGCGAAGGGAAGGCCGUGUGACCGACGACUUUCCUGUGGUACUGACAACCCCUGAAAUCAUCAUGAGGGACGCGAAAGACCUCAUCAAGAUACGCUGGGGUAUUAUUUUCAUAGAUGAGGGGCAUCGCUUGAAAAACUCCGAGUCAAAGCUAUUUCGUAUACUGCAACCUUUCCAUUCAUACAGCCGAUUCUUGAUCACCGGAACACCUCUGCAAAAUGACCUCAAAGAGCUAUGGUCACUCCUCCAUUUUCUUCUCCCUACCGUUUUCACUGAAUGGGAAUUGUUCGAAGCCUACUUCGACUUUAGCGAUCUUCGGGACGAGAAGACAACCGAAGGCUUUUUAGAAGAGAAAAGGACCCACGAAAUGAUAUCCAAGAUACAGCAGAUCUUACAGCCAUUAUUGCUGCGUCGCAUCAAAGCAGAUGUUGAGCAUCUGCUACCCAAGAAGAGAGAAUACAUUCUCUAUGCACCGAUGACCCAGGAGCAGACGGAGCUCUGCGACGUGCUCACCGACGAGACGAGGGAUACCAGGGAUUACCUAGAGCAGAAGGUGGUGGAGAGGUUGAAUGAGAAUGCCGCUUCCGAGGCUCACAAAACGAAACUUACGCAGGUCAACAAGGCAGAAGAAUCGGACGAUGACGAUGUUCCGUUAGCAAAACUGUCUCUUCGCAAGAAAGGUCGUGGCCGACCACUAAAUUCUACCGCCGCCAAAAACCCAUUCGAACUGAUGAUGAAGGGCGGUCUAGCAUCGAAGAAGCGUAAAGCUACUAAUCAUGUGUCUUCCCCUGCCCCGAAGUCUUCCAAGUCAAGCCGCACCUCCACACCAGCAUCUACCCGGGGGCGAAAAGGAAGAAAGCCAAAGUCGUAUUCAGAGGCUGCUUCCGAAGAAGAGGAUGCUCUCAGUGACGAUGAGUUUGAAGAGAAAUUGGCGACAGAAAUGCUUGAGAAAGAUGAUGCGGUAGAAGAUGACAUCAACCCUGAAGAGAAGGAGAAAAUUAGGAUCAAAGAAGCGGCCAAGAAUGAAAUGUCUGUCAAGAAACUCGGUAACCCCUUAAUGCAGUUACGAUUAGCCUGCAACUCGCCUCACAACUUCUACAACCCUUGGCCCGAGGACCGUCAAGUAGACGAAACGCUCGUCACUGCGUCUGGCAAAAUGCUGCUGCUAGAUCGACUGCUUAAAUUCUUGUUCAAGCGAGGCCACAAAGUCCUCAUCUUCUCCCAAUUCAAAACCCAGCUCGAUCUCAUCCAAGACUACGCCCAGGAACUGCGAGAAUGGAUUGUGUGUCGCAUCGAUGGCUCGGUGUCCCAAGAGGAGCGCCAACGGCAGAUUAGAGAGUUCAACGAAAAUCCCGACUUCAAGCUCUUCCUACUCUCUACCCGUGCCGGAGGUCAAGGAAUCAACCUCGCAUCCGCAGACUCGGUCAUUCUCUUCGACAGCGACUGGAACCCGCAGCAGGAUCUCCAAGCCCAAGAUCGCGCCCAUCGAAUCGGACAGAAGAACCCCGUUAUCAUCUACCGGCUCGCGACCAAGAAUACCGUCGAAGAAGCUCUGCUGCUGAACGCCGAUGCCAAGCGACGACUGGAGAAGCUGGUCAUCAAGAAAGCCGAUUACAAGUCGAAAGGGCAGAAGCUGCGUGAUGAAGUGAUGACGAAGGAGGCCUUGAAGGUGCUGCUGAAGAAAGAUGGAGAGGUCUUCACGUAUAAGAGCGGUGACCAGAUCCUAUCCGAUGAGGAUCUGAAUGUGCUCUGCGACAGGAGCGAGGAGGCGUACACGAAGGCGUCGCAGGGUCUGGGUGAUGCUGAUGCGUUCAAGAUUGUGGAGACGAAGGUUGGAGGGCUGAUGGCUGUUACUGGGCUGGCGCCGAAGAAAGAGGAGUCGAGGUGA